AAUCAUUGUUUUUAUACUGGAUCUCCUCAACCUGUUGUGUUUACGCGAAACAAGGGGAAACAACCUGUUUCACCUCAAGUUAGUCAGAGGGAUAAAAGAACUGCACCUGAACGGGCAUCUCAAGCACUCCAGAUCAAAGAGCCAAGGGCUGAACCAGUUGUUAAUCCUAGGCAAAAACAGCCUAAUACAAUUUUGUUAAAGCCCAAAGAUGAGCCAUUUACUGAGGACAUGAUGACACCUGCACCGCUUGCUGUAUUGCCUCCAGUCCGCUCGCACAAGGAGGUUCCUUCAAAUUCUAGUAACCCAGUUGGGAGCCAGGCAGAAUUUAUGCGUCAAGAAGUUCCUUCUAAUUCUGGUAAUGCAGUUUGCAGCCAAAAUGGUCAAGACUCCAGGGCCUCUAAAUCUGUGGGUGUUAUUGAUAAAGGUCUGGGGACAUUGGCUUCACCAAAUGCUCAAGAGAACCAUAUUCAGGAAGCUGAAGAUUCUAAGAGAACUCCAGCUAACAUAGACAUUGCAGCCUCAUCUCUUGGAGAGGUGAGGUUAUCUCUGAGCUGCAACCCUGGUCCCCAAGGGAAUGAUUUCUAUUUUCCGGAUUUACAAGUUGUCUUAAAGAAAGUUAAUGAUAAUUGUCUUACAAAGUACAAAAUCACGGAUCCAGAAUUUUCUGUUAUGAAAGUUAUGGAGGACUUUUGUGAAUGUGCUGGAAAGCUGGGUACAAAAGCUGAUGAUAUGAAUCAAGAAGGGUCUAGUCAACAGGAUGCUGGGGUCAUUGACUGCAAUGGAACUGGCUGCCUUCAAUUAAAUGGUUCCAUAAAUGCAGAAUCAUCUGAUAAUGUGGCUGCCACAACUGAGAUGACAGAACCUGAUGCUUCAAAUCCAACAUCAGCAUUCAAUUGCAAACCAGUAGAUGUGCAUUCUGAUAUAAAUGCUACUGAUAAUCAUUGUGCUGAAAAGGAUUCUAAUGUUACAGACUCUAAUGUGAAUAGCUUGGUGGUUGUUCAGCAGCAGCAGAUCAUCCCCAGUUCUCUAGAAAUUCUUGAUGUCACAAGUGACAUUUCAAGAGGCAUAGAAGCAGUUAAAGUUUCAGUAGAAAAAUCAAAUUGUGACUCUUUACCAUUGUUUCAUUAUAUUCCCCAAAAUGUCAUCUCACACAAUGCUGAUCUGAGUUUCUCUCUUGCUCAAAUUGGCGAUCAAGAUUGUUGCCAUUCUUGCCUUGGUGACUGCUUGGCGUUGUCCUCAUCAUGCAAUUGUGCUCGACGUAAUGGCGGGAAGUACUCAUACAAUUCAGACGGUCUUGUGAAGGAAGAGUUUUUGGACAAGUGCAUUUCAAUGGUUCAGAACCCUCAAAAAGACUACCUUGUUUAUUGUAAAGAGUGCCCCCUUGAACGAUUGAAGAAUGAGGAUAUGCUUGAUCCAUGCAAAGGUCACCUGAGACGCACAUUCAUUAAAGAAUGUUGGACUAAGUGUGGCUGUAACAAGCACUGUGGAAAUAAAGUUAUACAACAUGGCAUAAGCCAUAAUUUGCAGGUGUUCUGGACUGCAGAAGGGAAAGGUUGGGGUUUGAGGACAUUGGAAAAUUUGCCAAAAGGGACUUUUGUUUGUGAAUACGUUGGAGAAAUCUUAACUAGUACAGAGCUCCAUAAGAGAAAUCUGAGAAGAAGCAAUGAUAAGCAUUCAUAUGCAGUGCUACUUGAUACGGAAUGGGGUACAAGAGCUUUAAAAGAAUCAGAAAUCCUCUGUUUGGAUGCCACAUUGUAUGGAAAUGUGGCAAGGUUUAUUAAUCAUAGGUGUUCGGAUGCAAAUUUGAUUGAAAUCCCUGUUGAAGUGGAGACCCCUAAUCACCACUACUAUCAUGUUGCAUUGUUUACAACAAGAGCAGUUAAUGCUUUCGAAGAACUGACAUGGGAUUAUGGUGUUGAUUUUGAUGAUGGUGAACAUCCUAUCAAAGCAUUCCGGUGUCUUUGUGGCAGCAGUUUUUGUCGCAACAUGAAACGAUCCAACAGAUCUAGGUCUACCUUAACUUUACAAUAAAAGCUUGUUUAAAACCCGAGGAGUGAGCUUGUUAGCUUGUGACAUCAUCUGUUGCUGAUAUUUGAUCAAUUGACUCUAAUUUUGCUGUUCUGAAACUGACUGACCUAGUGGUUAGACCGUAAUAUUUAGGACAAGUGAAUAUGUAAUGCAAAGCAGCGUUGUCUUGUCUUUAUGUACAGUGAUCAAUGGGCAUGCAUGCCCAUAGCAUUUUGGAUUGACUGACUAGUAAAUGCAUUGCUAAGUAGUUGCAGAAUUAACUGUUAGGUUUGGCUAGACAUUAAGGUCUUAUAAAAAUGUGCAGCUAUCUUUUAUUUUGGCCUAAGCUAAUAGUUUCUGGUAGAAACUGUAUAUUAGUCCAUGAAAAUUGGUCAUUAGGAUGUUGGGAUUGUUGUUAUUUCAGUGUUAAUCAAGCCUGUUCAGAUUCUACCUGCA